GUAGCAUCUGUUGCUUUCUGACACAUGCGCAGCGCAGGGGAAGCGGUCCGGUCCGAGUGUCGCUGCGUUCCGCCCGGCUCACCCACUCUCUUCCUUAAGGGCAGCUCACUCUGGUGGGGCACCAGGAGCGUCCGGCGUCCGGUAAAGGUUUGUGGACGACACAACGGUGGUUGGCCUUAUCAAGAACGGUGACAAAAUGGUGUAUAGAGAGGAAAUGUGAUUGGUGGAUUGGUGUGAGAAGAACAACCCAACCCUGAACGUGAAGAAGACAAAGGAAAUCAUUUUGGACUUUAGGAAGAAACCUUUUCACAGAGUUGCUUGGAGUGUUCUUUUGUCUUCAUGGUUUAGUUUUUGCCAGGAUACUGACUAGGUAGUUGGACCUUCCAGAUACAGAGCUUUUGAAUAAGGCUUUUGUGGUAUCAAUGGCUUCCACCUGGGAGAAGAUGAGAGAUUUUUAUGACUGGGCUGUAGAAAAUGGAGAUAAGAGGACUGACCCUUGGUUUCUGGUUUAUUCACCCAUUCCUGUUUUUGUGACCUUCAUUAUCUACCUUCUAAUCUGCAAGUAUGGACCAAAGUACAUGCUGAACCGAGAACCAUUCAAUCUGAAAUAUCUUCUCAUCGUUUACAAUUUUGCUCUUGUUGUGAUUUCAGCUUACAUUUUCUGGGAGUUUCUGGUGACUUCCAUUCGUGCAAACUACAGCUAUCUUUGUGAACCUGUGGAUUACAGCAACAGUGAACUUGGAUUACGGAUGGCAAAAGUGUGCUGGUGGUUUUUCUUCUCCAAAGUUAUUGAGCUGAUGGAUACAGUAUUUUUUAUUCUGAGGAAAAAGCACAAUCAAGUCACAUUUCUUCAUGUUUAUCACCACGGCACAAUGAUUUUCAAUUGGUGGGCAGGAGUGAAAUAUGUACCAGGGGGACAGUCCUUCUUCAUUGGUUUGUUGAAUUCCUUUGUACACAUUGUGAUGUACCUGUACUAUGGAAUUGCUGCUAUGGGGCCACACAUGCGCAAGUACCUGUGGUGGAAGCGUUAUCUCACAAUGCUUCAGCUGCUCCAGUUUUAUGGUAUCGCCGUGCACACUGCCUAUAAUCUCUUCACAGACUGCGAUUUCCCAGAUGGGUUUAACCUUUUCGUCUUCAUCUACAUCGUCACUAUUAUUAUUCUAUUCACCAACUUUUACUAUAAAACCUACAUCCAGAGAAAGACAAAAAUAGGAUAAAUCCUGCAGACUACCUUUUAAUUCCCUGAACGAUCUGUUUAAAAAAAAAAAUCCUUGUGUUAAUUGCAGAUGCUUAAUUUUUAUCAGUGUGGGUGGUGUGGUAGAGCACGUUUUGUAUUUUCUUAUACAUUCUUUAUCUUUGCUGAAAAUGGUCUUGUUGUUUAUUUGCUGUUCCCAUCCCUGCAAUCAAAGGUAUUCGUCUAUUAUUUGGAUUUCCAUUUUGCAAACUCACAACAGCCACCUUAUCGUUGCUAACCAUAUUUAAAACAUAUGACUCAGCCAAGUCUUUUUUAAGAGAGCUGAAUGGAAUUGGUGUUGCUGUACUGAGGCUCCCAAUUCCAUGGAAUAUGCUCUCUGCAUGGUCCAUGGUGACUUUCUUGUGCCAGGGACCGUUCUGCAGAUGUCUCUGUAUAAACAUUUAACUUGCUGCCUCUAUGCAGGUAGUUGCACUGAAAAUGGCAGUCACGGUAAUCCUCCUUAAAGGUAAAUGAGGCAUUUCAUUUGGCCAACACUGAAUAAUUAGAAUUUUGCUGCAGCUGCCAGGUGAUGUAUUCAGUGAAUUGCACUUCAACACUUUAAUGCAAAUCUAUAAUUUCUGCUGGUAAUCAUGUUACUCGUGCUAAAUUUCAUUAGUCUAUUCAACUAGUUGUGAGCACCCAUCAACGGGAAGUAUCUUUACUGUUCCUUCUCCAAAUGCAUGUGUUAUAAAUGCAAUUAUAAUGAAGUUUAGAUAUGGAUGAACUGCCUGUGCAACUCCUUUCUUUUUAUUCAUUGUCUUGUAAUGUAGAAUUCUCCUCUGAUAGAGUUUGGGGAAGCAAAUAACAGCACAAAAGCAGGUUAAUGCUGCAACAAAUUAUUUUAUUAUUUAUAUUAUGACUAAACCUUCCACAAUUAUUUGUGGCCAAGUUAAAAGGCCAUCAGAAGCUGUGUGGCUGACCACUGCAACUGAAGAUUUUGCCAUUGAAUGGUCUUUUAAUACAGAGCAAAUGUGCCUUUCCAAUGCAUAAGAAUUUUUAUAAUUUCACCAAAAAAAAAACUGCCACAAUCAAAAGUGGAUCUAUUUUCCUAGUUCUCGGUACCUUGCUUGAAAGGAAUUUUUUGUAUAAGAAGGAAAGUGAUGUUUUAGGAAAAUAUAACUUUGUCUUUUAAUGAUCAUUUAUUAUAGUUUUCAAGUAAGCUAACAUAGAUGGUCAGUACAUAAUACAUGAAUAUUGAAUAUGAUGAAUUCUAAUUUAUGUGGGGAUAUGCUUCAGCCUGUAUUGGGCUAAAGCACACAUGCCUAUUGCACUGAGUUGCUUUUGUAACAAUGCUUUUAAAAAUUAUCUUAUUGCAUAUGUUUUUGAGAAGAAAUAACCCUGAAAUGAUUUUUUGCUUUUGAAUUUCAGUAGUGGAUGAAUAUUAAAGUACCUACAGACUUCUAAGUACAGUGUUGCUACUUGGUUGAAGAUCCUGUAGAAAAUUACUUCUGGUUUUCUUGACUGAGAUUGGCAUUUGUGGUCCAGUAAUAUUCCAUUCUUAAUAGUAUUAUUAAGCAAAAAGGAGGUGAUUUGCUGCCCACAUGUGCAGCUGACCGUGGAACCUUUCAUACUCCGUGGUAAAGAUGAUGCUGUGAAAAUUCAUUCUACAGCUGAUGAGCUAUCCCAUGAAACUUAGUGAAACUUAUUUCCAGUUGAAUUCCUGCUCCUAAAGUAAAAAUGUGUUCUAUCUCUUUCUGAUUCAUCUCCACUGAACAUUGUGUUUUAACUUUGAAAGUAUCAAUAGUGGAGUAGUUUGCCUUGGGGCUCUUGGGUACACACAAGAUCAAAGCAAGAGUGGAAGUUUUGUGCAAACAACCUCUUGCUUUGCUUAUCUGAAUGCAUUUUUAGCUUUGUGAUUAUUGGCAUGCUUUCUAACUGGUUAAGUAUUAUCCCUGAAUUUACCAUUUUUUGUUACCUUUGACAAGGUUAUUUUAUUUGUUACUUGGUCAAAACCUGCGAGGUUCAAUACUUUCAGCAUUGUUGUUCUUCUUGGCUUCAAGUCAAGUAUCAAAUUCUGAUCUCACUAAGAUCCCAGUAUUUAUUUUUUGUAAUUAGGCUGGAUUCUUUUCUCAUUACUGUCCAUGGCUUUAUCAGCACCUGGCUUCUGCUUUUCCGAGUGCUUAAGUGGCUUGAUAUCUUAUCUGUUGUGUCUUUACCGAUCUCUGUUCUGCACAUCCAGAGUUCCGUUGCUGCUUUUAGCAAGUCUCUUCAAGUCAUGGGCCUUUGCAAUUGAUAGAAGAAUUAGACUGGAGGGUUUUUUUUUCCAUCCUGCUUGAACUGGUGAAAGUGGGAGAAACCGUCACUUCAUUUAGGAAGUACUUUGCCCUUGAAGAGCCAUGAACUACAGGGCUGGAAGGGGGAAAUAAGUAGGGUGUUUUUUUUUUCAAUUGACAUGAACAUAAUGAAGUAAGUACUGUAAGAUUUGACAAAAGGAUAGAAUCCCACUUCCUGCUUUCUCAUCUGGCCUUGUUAAUUUAUUUUGCUACUUCCACCAAUUAAAGUUGAAGACUAUGUCUUCAUGCUUUCAUUAUCGUCUACUUCCUGCAUUGUGUUUACUUGUCCUCUGGAGGAAAUAAGUGUAAUUACAAAGAAAGAAUGAAGUUGAGAUAGACUCGAGCACUUGUCUCUUCCCAAUUGUUAAAUGCCUCCUAAAGACAUUCAGUUGACAAUCAGAUGCAAGUGGGGUAAAAUGUGAGAAGGUUGUUGAUGGUUCUUUCUCCCAAAAGAAAGGAAUUAUCAAAAAUUCAUUGAGAUGGUCUAAGCUUUCCUCAAAUGGGCCUCUCCACACCUUUGUCAGAAUGUGUGUUAAUGUACAGCAAAAACUGAGGAGCUUGCAUGUGUCAUGAGGCCGCAUCUUAACUUGAGGACUGAUAAAGUAUGAGUGUGUUUCAAGGAGAUAUUUAAUUAAUAUAGGCUACUAGACUCAAAGCUAAAUUUUGUGACCUCAUUGUUUAUUUUGUUUUUUGCCAUAUAAUGUGCCAAUUGAAGGAUUUUCCACAAGCCUUGAAAUUGUUCUGCAGCAGUUUUAAGCAUAAUACUUUUAAUUAUUGUACUGUCUUGGUAAUAUAAGCAAACAUUUGCAAGUUUAUAUCAUGGAAUUUAAAGUAGUUGGUAAAAAGGAGAUUAGGAAAAUAUUUUUCAUUCAGAGAGUGGUAGUGAUCUUGAACUAAUUUCCUGAAAGGGUGGUAGGGGUAUAAACCCUAAUUGCAUACAAAGGUCACUGAGCACCUAUUUGGUCCACUGCAAUACAUGACAUGGCUCUUCAAGUGGUAAAAGAUGAGAUUAAAUUGAGGAGCUCAUUUUUCCAACAGGAGGAGAUCUCAUUCUGUGAUGUAAUUUUUUUUUUGAUUUUGUGCUCAUUUACUGGACCUUACUUUCAGAAGUCUCUGUUAAUAGGAAUAAGCUGAAAAAGCACAAAGUCCUACAACAUACUGUGGGUACCAAGUUCAAAGAUGAAGACUACUAUUACAAUGAAGGAGCUAAUAAGUUCAUAGUUUUUAAACAGAUUUUUGUUAAAAAUAUGGAGAGAGCAGUAUUCCUGCCAAAAAUUUUAUACCUAUCUUGUAAAGUUGACCAACAUUGUCACCAUUUGCAAUAUUUUUUGGUCUUUUAAAAAGUCUAGCGAUUCAAUUUUAUACCAAUAUGCUGGGUAGAAAGUAUUCUGUAAAUUAACUUUCUAAAGUGGUAGAAAGUGCUUUUAUCUAGCAGAUACGUAGUGGAAAAUAAGUGUCCUAUUUGUUGUUGAACAUUUAGUAAUGCACUUAAAGCACUGAUGCACAGUGGGAUGCCUUCUGAUUGAAUUAGGGCCUGUUCAUCCCAAAAAAGGAGCCUGGUCACUUUUAUCAGCACUGUAAUGUAUUUAUAAUUAACCAGAUUUAUGGUUAUAUUGUCAUUUGUUUUUCCUUUUUACUGCAAUUUGCCUUCCCCCCCCCCAUCUCUCUCCCCCCAAAAAACACAAGCAGAAUAAUCCGUCCUCUUGCACUGCAGUCUUGAGGGCUGACUUGCUAAUGCUGAUGCUCCGGAGGCAUAUGCUGCUUAAUAGAUAAUUAUGUUUGUGCACCACCUUACUCCAUUUUUAAGGUCAUCCCUGAUGAAGGACGUUUUAGAUAUUUGGCCUUGUGCAAGCUUAACAAGCGUGAAUUAUCACCUUAACCAAACAUACCAUUCACCACUUGAACUACUUAGAAAUGGUAUGCAUUGAAGCUAUUUCUGUUGACUGUAAGGGUUUCUGAAAGUCUAACUGAGAGGCAGAAGUACUUUUGAGCUCUGCCAGAAUAUGGAGCAUGGCCGGAAUUUCCAGCUGAAAUAACUAAGUUGCCGUUCUGGUGUUGGGGGGGGGGGGGGUACAAUAUCCAUUAUGUUAGUCUUGCUGUGUUGUGCACCAUGUGAUAGAUUGUGCAUAGAUCUGUAACGGGUCAAGAAUUUGACAUGCAACAAUAGAUAAGUAAUGCCUGGAAUUUGGAAUGUUGGAGCAGCAUUGAGCUUUUUGUACCCAGGAAUAACAUGUUGUAUCAUUGUUACAAAACCUCUGGAGUAAGUUGAUGGAAAGGGUAAAAAUACAGAAAAGUAUUUUAAGAUUUGUCAGUGUUACAAGAGCUUGUUUUCCAAAAACUUGUGUUGAUUAUUGCACUUAAAGAAAUUAGACCAUCAGGAGCAGAGUUAGGCUAGCCGGCCCGCUGAGUCUGCUCCGCCAUUCCAGCAUGGCUGAUUUAUUUCACCCCUCAACCCCAUUCUCCUGCCAUCUCCCCGUGACCUCUCAACCUCCACUUUAAAUAUACUCAGUCGUCUGCGGCAAUGAAAUCCACCGAUUCACCAGCCUUAGAUGAACAAAGUUUAUGGUUUUCAAAAUGUUGAUCAUGUUAAUGUUGCAUGACUAAUAGCAAACACUUAAAGGUGUCAGCGACUUACGAUUAAUCGAAGAAAAUAGUUAUUCUUUUUCCAAGUUUGCCUUCAUGUGGUUUCAAACAACAUAGACAUAUCUUUGCUAAAAGUCCAUGGCUUGUCCUAUUGUUACUCUGCACCCCCUCCCCCCCCCCCCAAGGCUCGGUGGUAGGAAUGAAAAAAGAAUUUAACUAAGAAUUAUUACUUGACCCUCUUGUUCUUCUGGUAUUUGGAUAUCUUGAAUGCAUUCUUAGUCUAUAUGACUUUUAAAAUCCACAGAGACUAAAGUUAUUCAUUCAGUGGAAGCAGAAAAUGGGUUAAAUUAAAACUCUUUUAUGUAUGGCAUACUGUUCAUUAAUAUUUCGCAGCCAUUUUGUUCAGUGACUUGUUUCCAAAAUUUUCAGUAAAAGCUAAUAAUCCAAUCAUUUUUAUUUCUGUAAUGCUUGAGUGUGUGAUUUGGUAUGUUGCCUUUUUAUCUGCUGCACUCAGUUAAUAAAGUUCUAAUUCACAAAGAUGUGGGUUCAAAUUCCACUCCACAACCUUGUACACAAAAAUGUCAACUGGCAGUCAAGCUAAGGAAGUGCUGUCUUAUUAGCAUUACUAUUUUUUAAUCUGAGGCCCUGUAAGCUCUCUUGGCUGGACUGAAAAGAUCCGCUGACCCUAUUAGUCAAUCAUUUGUUUUAAUAUAACACUUUUUAAAAUAUAUAUUAAUUUCUCCAUUGCUGUUUGUGGGAUGUUGCUGCAAAUCAUCUGCCCACAUCAAAGCUGAAUACAUACACUUCAGAAAGUGCUUAAGGUAUAAAGUAUUGAAGACAUUGUGUAGAUGAAAUGCAGUAUCUAAAUGUGGUUUUGUUUUCUAAUUCUUUACAUCUAUCUUGUGUUCCAGCUCUACUACAUAAACAAAUUCAACUAAAGAUGAUAGCACACUCAGUGUUUAUCCUUUGUGUGAUGUAACAAUGGAACACUGCGGUUAUCUUGCUAACACAAAUUACUGCAUGAAUUAUAAUCGAGGGAAAAAACUAGAAACUGGAAAUGUGAAAUAAAAUCAUGCUGGAAAUCA